GAUUUCUAACGUCUUCUUUUCAGUUCUCUCUCGCAUCACUUUCUUUUUCUGUUAUUGUCUUUUCAAGCUCCUAACACUCUAUCUAUUUUCUGUUUUUGCUAGACCAGAUUCGUCUGCGUUCCACACCGACACAAGCGACCCGUGCCGCACGUAUAUACAGCGUCGAGUAGAUCACAUCACAUCUACUCCCGCUGUGCAUUGCGCUCGACGAUCAUUCGGUUCGACCACGCCGUAAAACAAAAAGAGGUUUUUUUGCUCUCCUCUUCUUUUUACUCUCUUUAUUUACUGUCAAAGAUGUCUGCGGCGACGGAAGCAAAGCCGAAGGUGGUGCUGGCGUACAGCGGCGGCCUGGACACGUCUGUCAUCAUUCCGUGGUUGAAGGAAAACUACGACUAUGACGUGAUCGCGUGCUGCGCAAAUGUUGGGCAGGGUGGCGGCGAGACGGAGGGGCUGGAGGAGAAGGCAAAGAAGUCCGGCGCGUCGAAGCUGUACCUGCUCGAUCUGCAGGAGGAGUACGUCACAGAUUUCAUCUUCCCGACGCUGAAGGCGGGUGCGACGUACGAGGGGAAGUACCUGCUGGGGACCUCGCACGCGCGCCCCGUGAUCGCGAAGCAUCUGGUGGAGGUGGCGCACAAGGAAGGCGCUGUGGCGAUCUGUCACGGUGCGACGGGGAAGGGCAACGACCAGGUUCGCUUCGAGCUGACGGUGAUGGCGCUGGACCCCAGUCUGAAGUGCGUGGCGCCGUGGCGGGAGUGGAACAUCAAAUCGCGCGAGGACGCGAUCGACUACGCUGAGGCGCACGGCGUGCCGGUUCCGUGCACGAAGUCUGACCUCUACUCGCGUGACCGCAACCUGUGGCACAUCAGCCACGAGGGCAUGGACCUGGAGGACCCCGCGAACGAGCCCAUGUACGCGAAGCUGCUUAAGCUGUGCAACACGGUGGAGAAGGCGCCAGACCAGGCGGAGUACGUGACGGUCCAGUUCGAGAAGAGCAUCCCAGUGGCGGUGAACGGGACGAAGCUUCCGCCGGUGCAGCUGGUGGAGGAGCUGAACGUGCUGGGCGGCAAGCACGCGAUCGGGAUUGAGGACAUCGUGGAGGACCGUCUGGUGGGCAUGAAGUCGCGCGGCGUGUACGAGACGCCUGCGGGGACCAUCCUGUACAAGGCGCUGGACACGCUGGAGUCGCUGUGUCUGGACCGCGACACGCAGGCCUUCAAGCGGCAGUCCGCGGUGCGCUUCGCGGAGCUCGUAUACGACGGCAAGUGGUUCACGCCGCUGCGUGAGUCGAUGUCCGCGAUGUUCGACCAGAUGGCGGAGAGCGUGACGGGCGAGGUGAAGCUGAAGCUGUACAAAGGCAACCUUGUGCCUGCAGGUGCGAAGUCCCCCUUCUCGCUGUACAACGAGAACAUCGCGUCAUUCGGCGACAGCCACGAGCUGUACAACCAUCACGACGCGGAAGGCUUCAUCCGGUUAUUUGGCCUGCCGCUGCGCGUGCGUGCGAUGAUGCUGAGUGAGAACGGGAUGUCGAACAAGGUGUAA